UUAGUUCUUAUGUUGUUUUCCCGGCAACAAGACCCACUCAAAAACCCUAAUUUCCCACAUUCACCUUCCACCAAAUUCAAGGCCCUCUCUCGCCUCCUUCUCACUUCAAUAUUUCUCUUCAUUGUUCAAAUCGAUUCAUCUUCGUUGAAAUUUUCCAAUUUGUCUUCCUCGAUUUUUUUCUUCUUCUGUCGCCGUCUCAGAGCGGGUUUGUGUUUGAAGGUCCUUCAAUGGCGGAGGACCGGAGUGAGGUGAGUGAUUACAGUUCGGAGGACGAAGGAACUGAAGAUUACAGGCGCGGAGGGUACCAUGCGGUUCGAAUUGGUGACACUUUCAAGAAUGGGUGCUAUGUGGUACAGAGCAAGCUUGGUUGGGGUCAUUUUUCCACUGUGUGGCUCGCUUGGGACACUAACAAAUCGCGAUAUGUUGCCUUAAAAAUUCAAAAGAGUGCUCAACAUUACACUGAGGCGGCAAUGGAUGAGAUAAAGAUUCUCAAACAAAUUGCUGAUGGGGAUCCAGAUGACAAAAAAUGUGUUGUAAAGCUUCUGGACCACUUUAAGCAUUCAGGGCCUAAUGGCCAGCAUGUUUGUAUGGUUUUUGAAUUUCUUGGUGAUAAUCUUCUUACCCUUAUCAAGUACAGUGAUUACCGAGGUGUUUCCCUUCCUGUGGUCAAGGAAAUUUGUUUCCAUGUUUUGGUGGGUUUGGAUUACUUGCACCGCGAGCUUUCUGUAAUACACACUGAUUUGAAGCCUGAGAAUGUCUUGCUUCUGUCUCCCAUAGAUCCAUCUAAGGAUCCUAGAAAAUCAGGUGUUCCACUUAUCCUUCCAAACACGAAGGAUAAGGCUGUAACAAAAAAUGGGAUAACAGUAGUCAAUAAGAAUGUGAAUGGAGAUCUAACCAAGAACCAGAAAAAGAAAUUGCGAAAAAAGGCUAAAAAGUUAGCCCAGGGCUUUGUUGGAAGGGAGCAUGCUGAGGAAGCUGAGGAGGAUUCCAAAGCACCUGAUGAGCAAGAUGAUUGUAGUACUGAUGUGAAACCAAGUGUAGAAUCUGGUGACAAUAAACCUAAUAGCCCUGUUAGUAAAGAUGAAUCAACAAAGACUUCUGAAACUAAGGAUGUUCCCCAAGGAAGUCAUGGUCACAGGAGAGGUAGCCGCUCUACAAGAAAGAAGUUGCUUGCAUCUGUCGAUCUUAAGUGCAAGCUGGUUGAUUUUGGUAAUGCUUGUUGGACUUAUAAACAAUUUACAAAUGAUAUUCAGACAAGGCAGUACAGGUGUCCUGAAGUUCUUCUUGGAUCUAAAUACUCAACUCCAGCUGACCUAUGGUCCUUUGCUUGCAUUUGCUUUGAGCUUGCCACUGGCGAUGUUCUUUUUGAUCCUCAUAGUGGUGACAACUAUGAUAGGGAUGAGGAUCAUCUAGCACUGAUGAUGGAGCUUCUUGGGAUGAUGCCACGCAAGAUUGCACUUGGUGGCCGCUAUUCCCGAGAUUUUUUCAACAGAUAUGGCGAUUUGAGACACAUCAGGCGAUUGCGUUUCUGGCCUCUUACUAAGGUGAUGAUGGAGAAGUAUGAUUUCAGUGAAGAAGAUGCAAAUGGCAUGGCUGAAUUUCUUCUUCCAUUACUUGAUUUUGUCCCUGAAAAGAGACCAACCGCUGCACAAUGCCUUCAGCAUCCAUGGUUCAGUGCUGGUCCCAGGACUCUUGAGCCCUCAGUAGCUACUGCUGCAAUUGAUGGGGAAAUAUCUGAAAACAUGCAGAGGGAAAAAGCUGAGCAGGAGGCUGUGGAAGUUGGUAUGGGGAAUAUGGCCAUAGAUGGAAAUUCAAAGAAACUCUAAGAGUUCCAAUUUGUGAAGCCAUGAAAAUGGAAGUUCAUUGGCUUGUUUAGGUGGGUAUGCCAUCUGUUUUUGUUUAUAUGGUAAACCUAGGUUGUCCUUGCAGCAUGAUGUUAUAGUUAUUUGGGAAGAAGCCCUUUAUGGGGAAGCUAGUCACACUGUGAUAUAACCACGGUUUUAUCUUUUUGGAGAAUUUGUAUGAAGCUUCUCCCUAGGUUAGAUUUUCUUCAUUUUGGAAGUGCUAUAUUUGAGGGGUUCGAACUGUACAUUUGAAC